UGCUGUUGUUUUUCUUUUCCCAAUAGUUGUAGACAUUUAUUAUUAUUAAUUUUGCUUGCUAAUCCAAUAGACGUAACAGAGAAUCUUUUUUUUGCUAUAUUCGGACAAAAAGAUACGGAUGAUUUUAUAUUUGCGGGAAAUCGUCAACCACUUUGGACAAAAUAUCUUUUUAAGGUAUCAUUUUCACUUUAUAUGCUUGUAAGCGUUAUAAUACUUAUUAAUCUACUUAUUGCAAUGAUGAGUGACACAUAUCAGAGUAUACAAUCUCAAAGUGACAUUGAAUGGAAGUAUGGUCUCAGUAAACUCAUUCGUAGUAUGCAAAAAACUCAAACAGCACCCUCACCAUUGAAUUUAUUGACAACUUGGAUUGAAUACUUUUUAAAACUAUAUAAAAAACGACGUUCUAAAAAGAAACGUAUGAGUGUAAUGCAUGGAUUUGUUAAACAUUCAAAUGUUUUGAGACGCAAUGAAAAAAAAAAAUCAUUAAUAGCAUUAUCUGGUAAUAAGAGUCCAAUAGGAAGUCAACAAUCAAUUAAAAGAAUGCCAAAUAUUAACGAUGUUAUUGAUUGGAAUUUAGUGAGAAAAAAAUAUCGAAUGCGUUUUGGUGAUGUUGUUGAAAAACCAUCAAGCAGUAAUUCAUUAACUGAAGAAAUUAAUUUAUAAAAUUUGCUCACUUUUUACUAUUUAAACAUAAAUACGACAACCAGGUUGUCUAAAAGUACCGCCAUUUGGAUAAAAAUCAACAUGUCCAAUAGGUUUAACAAAACCGACAGUACCCGCACAAGUGUG